AUGUACGCCGCGCGAGGAACGGUGAAGAGCGGCGCUCACGCUGGUUUGUCCCAAGCGCGCGCAAUCAGGGGACGAAACGAUCGACGCACGUCGCGGACGACGACGCGCGCCGCGGUCGACCCGGCGACGAAGAUAUCUUUUCCGGACGCCACGCCCUCGGGACUCGUCGCCCUCGGCGCCGGCGCGCGCGUGAAACGUGUCGCCAUUAUCGACGUUAAGGUGUACGCGCUAUGCAUGUACGUCGAUGCCGCGAAAGCGAAGGAUCAGAGAGGGAAAGGUUUGCUCGCGGGCGAUUACGACAAGGAACUUGCAAUUGAGCUCGCACGGGAUGUCGACGGUAAGACGUUCUACGAGGCGCUAGACGAGGCGUUGAAACCUCGUAUCGCAGAGAUCGCGACGAAUUUGGCGACCAAGGAGGACGAGGACGGAAACUUCAUGGCCUCGGUCGCCGAAGCUGCAGAGUUGGAGGAAGAAAAGGCGCUGGAUGCGCUGAGCGACAUGCGGGACGGUCUCAUCAAGCUCAACCUGAAGCAAGGGACGAAGAUGGCGAUUUCGUGGACACCGAAAGGGGCGAACAAGGUCGGGAUCGAGGUGCAGGGUGCGACGAAGCUUGAGUUUGAUUCGACUGUUUUCGCGCAGGCGUUGCUCGACGUCUAUGUCGGGAGUGCCCCGGUGGCUCCCGCGGCUGCGCAGGCGUUCGAGAAGGGAUUGGCGUCGCUAUAA